UAGCCCUUUAUCGUUGUAGCCGUAGUGAUAAAGCAUGUAGUGAGGUUAGACUUCUAGCACUUACAACUCCCUUCUACUUGACUUCGUUAGCACAGGGUGUAGCUCCGUGCUCUUAGCUUACCGUACUAGUUACUAGAAAUUUCAAAUCUUGAAAAAACGAAGACAAAUUGUGUCUGUAGAAACCAACUAAGCAGGCAAAGCCCUGUGGUCAAGAUGUCCGGCGCGCUCGUCUCGACCGGUAGUACCGGUCACUACAUUCUCCCGGCGUACUACCGGCAAUGCGGGAAACGCGACUCCCCGUACUGCGAGCCGCCAAAACUCCCGAGUAUCGCUUUGAAAGACGAAAACCUCGAUAACAUGCACACGCACACCAACUUGCAGCUACUGGCGACCGGGGAGUACAUCGGGGCGGAGUUCACGCAGGACUUCCAACUCUUUUGCCCCCUCCGGAAAACGAUCCGGCAGCUGUUCAGGGAGUUGAAAGACGACAUCUUUCCCAACAUGUUCAAGUGCAUCCCCCGGGAACCCAAGUAAUACUAUAAAUUUUGUUUAUAUCAUCAAUUUCGCUUUGUCAUGAUGCACAACUUUGUUCAUGGCGAGCGCGCUUUGUCAGCGAGACUGCAAGCGUGCUACCGGUAUAACAACUUCUAAAUUCAUUUCUCGAGGACAUUUAUACAUUCCUCCCUUGUUCCAGAUGCGGCGCGGCCAUUUUUGACCGGCAUGAGAUCUGCGUGAAGCUGAUGCUACUGCUCCUGAACGGCCGCUGCCGCCGGGUGGAGCAACGGGAGCUUCUCAUGCGAGAGAUGCAACGACUGGCCAUGGUGAACAACGAAGUGGCAGAUAGGAUAUCGCACGAAAAAACUGCUUCACUGUGAACUUGUGAUGCAUAGAAUGGAGCACACAACUACUUGUCUUGCUACACAUGCAACACACUGGGUUUUUCAACGUGUUUUGCCUUAGGAAGCGCGCAUGGCAAGUUUUCUUCGUCAUGUGUAACGAGCUUGGGAUGCAAAACUUGCAAAAUCCUUACAGUGAAGCACUUUUUUCGUACGAUACAGGAAGCUGUACGACUACUGUUCUGCGGUCAAGCAAAUCCGGUCGUUGCUGGGUGGUGGCAGUGGUUGCCGUAGUGGCACUACGAUGAACGAGGAUGGUGCGAAGUCUGGUGGUGACAAUGGGGAUGCAGUCAUGCACGUGGUAGAUGAUGCACAUGCUGACCCAGUGGAAGAAAUGGGCCUGGUCGCCGAGAACGAAAUGUUUGAAGAGGUGCAAAGCUGUGCGUACGACGACGACUUCUGCGACAAAUGCUUGAGCGGUGACAUUCAGGAGUGGCCGCGGGCCGUGUACUAUCAAGUGCAAAUACGUGGUCUGGAUCUGGAAGACUGGAGCUUUUUCAUGCACGUUUUGCAUGAGCCAUGACAUCUGUGAUGUAUUUUUCGCAUCACAAAUUUUCCCUAUGCCGCUCCAGCGCCUGCGGAGGCUUGCCUCCCCAGCGAUAAUGGACAAUGGCAAUGUCGGUGCGGUUGUUUUAGCAUCACAAAUUUUCUGAAUGCAUCUUGAUGUUGCCCAUUCCGCAUGACAAAUGCCCUCUCCGCGUAGCAAAAGUAGAUGGCCUCCCUUUGCUGCUCAUGCAACACAGAUUUUUCUAGAAUCCAACUGCAGCAUCACAAGUUACAUUCUUCUAGGCUCACACAUAUUUGCAAUGCAUAUGUACCACGAGCUGACCAUGCCGGAAGGUCCGAGCCCCGAGGAGCGCGGGAGGCCCGUGGAAACGCACGUGGAUGAUGACAUUCAGUACUUCGCUGAUCUGGAUGACGAGGGCAAGCUGCGGUACCAAAUGCAAAAAUGGCUGGGUCUGGAAGAAUCCGACGUUUGUUAUGCUGUUUCUGCAUGACAUAGAACGUCUGUCAUGGAAGCCCUAGCAUCACAGAUUUUUGGAGGCCUUCCUGAUGCCUAUUCCGCAUGACAAAUUCCCUCCACGCGUAGCACAAACCGGACUCCUCUUGCUGGUCAUGCAAUACAGAAUUUUUUAGAGAAGUCCAAAGUUAGCAUCCAUUUUCCCUUCCGGGAUCGGGGGGGUAGGAGGGGGUCUUCAAGCCAAAAAAAAACUUAGUGACAUCACCUCAGGGUUCCAGGGUUCCAAAGUUAGCAUCACAAGUUCCAACCUUCCAGACCCAGACAUUUUUGCAAUCCAUAUGCGGUCCCUCGUGACAAGACUACUUUUCCUCACGCCACCAAGCGAGCACUGGCCGGAGGAAAAUGAAGACGGGGACGCAACGCCCGUGAUUCACGGAAAAAGAAAAAAGAUGACGGUGCUCACGGAGGACCUCGGUUCGCCGGAUUAUCCUGUGCAAACGUAUCGUAUUCGUAUGAAUGCAAGUCUUGCAUUACAAAUCUUUGUCUUGAGGCAAAUCUGCAUAUACAAAUUUUAUUUAUCAUGCUGGGGAAAUUUGUAAUGCAUUUAUACGAGUGCGAUACUUUUGCAAUUCAUACGGAUCUGCGGGCGAUGAUAAUCGCAGGAGAAAAAUCCCGCGCGGCGGCGGCAGCAGCAGUGAAGGAAGGAGGGGCGGGGACCACUGGUACAACUGGCGCAGCACCUGCCGUUGUAGUUCCUUCGCCACAGACUAUCACCUGCAGAUAUGUCUGGGUCUGGAAGAGUGCCAGUUUGUCAUGCUCGGCUAGCAUGACUCUCAAGUCUGUCAUGCACGUUGCCUAAAUGCAGCAACGUCCUGCCAUGCAAGUAAAACGCAGUUCGUCAUGCAGAGUAGACAACACCUACGACAAACUCAGAAACCUGUCAUGCUGAGUCAGCAAUUGUGGUUUUCUCAUGAUUCGCCACUCAGCAUUACAAGUUUAUUCCAGAUCCAGACAUCUUUGCAAUGCAUAAAGACAAGCAGCAGCAGCACCGCCAAGCCCCGACGAGGACCCUUUCACCAACGCGAGUUUGCGCAGCCGACGUACUUCGGCCAGCCAUUCAAACGGCCGGGACCCGGCCUGCCGAUCGGCACUGCGCCGGGGCAGUCGGUGAUCAGCAACAUGGUGGACCAGCUGAACCGCAUCAACAGUUUGGUCCUCGAGAACGCGAAGCGGCUGAGCGGGAAGUGGACGCUGACCAAACUGCACCCGGCCUGUAUCAAAAGGAAAAAUCUCCCCUCCCCAUAUCAAAACGAAGUUUCUGACGCAGGAUUUGCGUACACAAAUCAGAUUUGUCUUGCUGGAGAGGAAUGCAGGCCCACACUAAGCCUAAGUAGAGAGGUUUUGGCCUAGGCGUCUAGCAUGAGAAACGUCCGCGCCGUAGGCCCAUCAGCAUCACAAACCGCCUGCACAACACUGCGGAGCUUGUGGAGUUGCCUUCUUGCAAGACAGACACGAUUUGUGGGCACAAAUCAGCAACACAAAUUUGCAGAAACGUACCUUGUCAAUAUGAGAGGGGGGAUUUUUCCUUUUGAUAGCCUCGCCCGCAGCGGUGGUUGUAUGCAUUGCAAAUAUGUCUGGGUCUGGAACAAAGCAACUUAUCAUGCUAAAUCUGAAUCAUGUAGAAAAGUGUUGCAUGAUUACCAAGAGCUGUACAUUUUUGACCUAAUCGAGAGGCAGUUUCUCAUGCAGGAUAGGCAUGACAGAACUCUCGCAGAAUCUGUCAUGCUAUGUCCUACAUACCAGACCUCAUGGAUCAUGGAAAACCUGCAUGACAAGUCUGGCAUUCUUCCAGACCCAGACACUUUUGCACUUGAUAGGUUGCGGAAAAGUGCAAGCAGGACGCGGGGCAGGUGGCGGAGAUUAUGGACGACUUUGAGUACUCGCUGGAAAACUAUUUUGUGGACGUCCGGUAUCCAAGUGAAAAACUGCGUUACUGUAGGUGUCUUGGAGUGACAGCAUGAAAAAUUUGUGUUGCAUGACAGAGAAUGCCUGGUGUCAUGCGCAGGCGCCAGCACUUGAAAACUAAACACAUACAGCUUUAUGUUCUUGCAAGAAAAGAGGACUUCAUGCCUCGCCAGCAUGACAAGCGCGUGCGCAACUCUGUGUCUGCAUUCUCUGCAUGACAGACUUAUAUCACUAUGUACACUUUCUUCCUUGGAUAUGUGGCUGGAAGACAACCGGUAUUUCCGCAACCGGUUUCUCCGGUUCGCGUACGUUUUGGAAAAGCAGGAGAAGCAGCUGGAGACCUUGGCAAAAGGGGCGAAGCGCAUCCAGGACUGCAUGCUGGAAGAAGUGGCCGGGAUCUACGAGAAAAAUGUGAGACGGCUGUACUGCAAGAAAGA